CUGUCACCUGGAUACGAACUUCCUGUUAUUGUGACCUUAACCUUCCAUGUGGAUUGUGCGGAGCAAUGUCUCUCGUUACCGAUGCCUUUGUGUCCCAGAUAGCAGCUGUAGAACCAUGGCCUGAAAACGCCACUCUUUAUCAACCUCUGAAAAGUGACCAGGUUUUGCUGUCUGACAAUGCAUCUUGUCUUGCUGUUCAGGCCUUUUUACGAAUGUGCAAUCUGCCAGUCCAGGUGGCUUGUAGGGCAAAUGCCGAAUAUAUGUCUCCAUCUGGAAAAGUUCCUUUUAUCCAUGUUGGCAAUCAAGUUAUAUCCGAACUGGGUCCUAUAGUUCAGUUUGUGAAAGCCAAGGGUCAUUCGCUCAGUGAUGGCUUGGACGAGGUCCAGAAAGCUGAGAUGAAGGCAUACAUGGAACUCGUCAAUAAUAUGCUUUUGACAGCAGAGUUGUAUAUUCAGUGGUGUGAUGAAGCUACACUAGAGGAGAUUACACAGCCUCGAUACAGCUCGCCAUACUCAUGGCCUCUAAACUACAUUCUAGUCUUUCAAAAGAAAUGGGAAAUAAAACGCAAAAUGAAAGCAAUUGGUUGGGGUGGAAAGUCUCUGGAACAGGUAUAUGAAGAUGUUGAUCAAUGCUGCCAGGCCCUGUCACAAAGGCUGGGGACGCAGCCCUAUUUCUUCAAUAAACAACCCACUGAGCUGGAUGCCCUGGUAUUUGGACAUCUGUUCACAAUCCUCACCACACAGCUGACUAAUGAUGAACUCCGCGAAAAAGUGAAGAACUACAGCAAUCUCAUUGGCUUCUGCAGAAGGAUUGAACAAAACUAUUUUGAAGAUCAUGACAGAGAUAGCUCCUCAAGUUUAUCUAUGAGAUUACCAAAGGGGCCUGUACUCCCAUAAAGGUUCCACAACGUUCUCUUCCCAGAACGUUAUAUUAUAUCGUGUAACAAUAACCGUAUACGUGUAUUCCACAUUUGUCACUGCACAAAGAAGCAUCUUUUGAGUCAAACUGUAUCUGCAUGAUAAUAAAUUAAAGAUAACUGUA